AUGCAAUCUUCAACUAUGAACGGCUCUACCGCACAUGCGUGUUACAAUCCUGAAUAUCAAGCAUGUUUCAACGAUACUCUCUGCUCCCGAUCUCAACUAUGUGGUGAACAAUGUCUCCAACAAGGCCAAGCGUGUACUAGUAAUAAAACAAUUUGUAACUUACGUAACAAAGAAUCCUAUUUUGUCAACUUCAUUGCGUACCAGUCAUGCAAUGAUAUCUGCUACGAUCCUAAACUUGAACAAUGCAUUGAUGGUACAAUCCAGUGCAUUAACAAUAACAACUGCUCUGGAACAUGUUAUGAUUCAUCAAUGCGAAAAUGUUUGAAUGGAACAUUAUGUUCUAUGAGUCAAGAUCUGUGCUACGUUAAAUACAGCGAACGAGGUCAACUCAAUACUUUGCCAUCAAAUCAGUGUUACGAUCCUUCGUACCAAACAUGUUUUAACAACACACUCUGUCGCUCAUAUCAACUAUGUAGUGGACAAUGUCUUCAACGAGGUCAACUGUGUAUCAAUAAUCAAACAAUAUGCAGCUCACGUGACACAAUGCUGUCUUAUAACUACUGGUCAACAUUGACUGUAUAUGAUUCUUGCAAUGGUAUCUGUUAUGAUCGGACGCUUGAACAGUGCAUAGAUGGUACUAUUCAGUGCAUUAAUAAUAACAACUGCUCUGGGACGUGCUACAAUUCUUCAACGCAUAAUUGUUUCAAUGGAACUUUGUGUCAGGUGAACGAAGAUUUCUGCAAUGUGAAAUCUGCUGGAUGGGACGUGGGAAAUUAUACACACUUAGUAUGCUAUAAUCCAAACUACCAAUUGUGUCUCAACAACAGUCUCUGUCGUCCAUUUCAAGUAUGUAAUCAACAAUGUCUUGAACGAAAUCAACUGUGUAUCAAUAACAAAACAGUAUGUCAGUUACCAAGCAGAAAGCUCUACUAUAACUACCGAUCUAGUUCGAAUCUAAAUCAGUCAUGCAAUGGUACAUGCUAUGAUUCCAAUGUCUACGAAUGCAUUGAUGAUAUUCUUCAGUGUAUUGGUAAUGACGACUGCUCAGGAGCAUGCUACAAUUCAUCGACACAUACAUGUUGGAAUGGAACUUUGUGUGCUUCGGAUGCAGAAGUGUGCUAUGUGAAAUAUGAUGACCAAGGCCAACCGUAUAAUCCACCGAUAUAUCAGUGUUACAAUUCUAAAUAUCAAGUAUGUCUCAACAAUGCACUCUGCGAUCAAACUCGAGCUUGUGGUCAGCAGUGUCUUCGCGAAAAUCAACUGUGUACCAAGGGUAAAACAAUUUGCAAUUCACGUAACCAACACUGGCGUUAUAAUCAAGGAUCUUGGCUCAACGCAUCUGAGUCAUGCAAUGGCAUCUGUUACGAUUCUAGACUUCAGCAAUGCAUAGAUGCUAGAAUCCAGUGCAUUAACAAUAACAACUGUUCCGGUGUAUGCUACGAUUCAUCGACGCACAGAUGUAUCAAUGGAACCCUAUGUGGCGUGGACGCAGACUUGUGUUAUGUGAAAUAUGGUGCAUGGUAUGAUUUGCCGCAACCAGUAUGCUAUAAUCCAAACUAUCAAUUGUGUCUCAACAACAUCCUCUGCGAACAAUCUCAAGUGUGCGGUGAACACUGUCUUCGUGAAAAUGAAUUGUGCAUGAGAAAUAAGACAGUAUGCAACUAUUCGAAUAAGGAGUGGCGUUAUAACAAUGCUUCACAAUCAACUACAAUUGAGUCAUGCUCUGGUAUCUGCUACGAUCCAUUAACACAUAACUGUUCGAAUGGAACUUUGUGCGGUUUAGAAGAAAAUUCGUGCUUCGUACAGAACAGUAGUUGGAGCACGCAGUUCGAUUCCCAAUUACGCUGUUAUAAUCCUAAAGAGCAAGUAUGUCUUGACAACACACUUUGUUAUCAAUUUGAAGUAUGUGGCCAACGUUGUCUUCGAAAAGGUCAACUGUGUAUCAAUGGGAACACAACUUGUAAUAGCUCGCUUUUCUAUGGUUACCCUAAAGCGAGUCAAAUUGAAGCAUGCAAUGGCAUGUGUUAUAAUACGCCUGUUCAGUUGUGUAUUAAUGGAAAUGUAGUAAACAAGUCUAAUGUAUCUCCAAUGGUACUAGAGACAACGACAGAAGCAUUUGUGCCAUUCGAUUCUGAAGCACUAUGGUGGGAUAUAUUUAAGAUCAACUGCUAUAUAAUGGUUGCUGUCGUCGUUGCAUUUCUCAUCACACGGCAAUUAGCUAUCUGGCCAUGGACUAAACCUGAAAAAUCGAUCUAUUUGGACCCUGAUCAAGUACCUCUGAUCAAGAGCGAUCAAAUUUAA